AUGACUGACACUUGGCCCGAACGUUCUGUCUCCCAAUCGGUUGCUGGACCGUCGACCCCGACGCGUGUGUCUCGCAACAAUGGCUUGUCGAACCUGGCACGCUACAGCCACUUCAUCCGCACCUCGUCCUCGGGCCAGCCUAACCGCUUCUGCGUUGGCGAGACCGUCGUCAUCGGUCAAGGGGCAGUGCUGAAGCAGAAAUGGUUGCAAGUCCCCGAGCAUCAAAUGGAGCGGUCCCGUGCGAUAGUCAAGGCGAUGGCCAAGGGGAAAGGCAGAGCCCAGAUGACUGCCAGUUCACGCAAGCAGCAGCCACGAGCCGAAGCGAGUUGGUUCAGCGAGGACGGGCUCGGACCACAUGACAAGGUUGGUACCCUUGUCGAUCUCUACUCGGACGAACGCGAGAGAAUGAUGGCCAAAGUGCGCUGGUUCGCCCGCCCGAGCGCCGUAUGGGGGGCCGAUGGACCCCCCGAGGAUGAGAUUGUCGACGAUGUGAGUUCAUCACCGCCCCAAUCACGGAAUAUCUUGAUCGCGGAAUGUUGAUUAAUUUAGCAUAUUCCCUCCAACUCUCAGUACGAGUUGUACUACACCUCGGACUCGGCCCAUCUACAUGAGACCCGAGCACGCCAAAGCUGGGAUCCCCAUCGAUCACCUGGCAUGCCACUCGCGUCGUCCAAACUGGUCGAAAAGACGCCGCUCUGCCUCGACCAGAUCCCCAUCGCCGCCAUCUCACGCCACGUACAGAUCCUGACCCCUCAAGAUCCUUCGCCAUCGAGACCGCUCCCUCCUUCGGCUACGCCUUGCUUCGUCGUCAAGAAAGUCUUUGAUGCCAAACCGAUUCGAGGCGCCGAGUUUUUGGGUGGUAUCGACUGGGCCGAGGUGCACAAGCAAGGCGUUCGGGACGGUAAUUGGGACGUCGAAGCCACGAUGGCAGAGAUCGAGUCCGAUGAAGAGCAAGAGAGGCCCAAGAAGAGGGGCAGGAACGACGAUGAAGCGGGGUGGAAGGGCAAACGAGCUCGUGUCGAACAGGUGAGUUCUGAUCCGUCGAUGUGCAUUGGGUGCGAUGUAGACUCAAUUUUCUUUGGCUUCUCAGGAGGACGCUAGUGAAGAAGAAGCCUCAUCGGAUGAUGAUAGCGAUGAAGUCGACGAAUACGAUGGCGCGUCGGGCGAGGAGCACGGGAGCGACGAUGCCGACGAUUCUGACAAGGAGAACGUCGACGAGGAGGAAGACGACUCGGACGAUGGCGAAACCUUGAGGGUCGCUCCCAGCAAUCGAAAGAAGAAGCAUACGAAGGCUGUCAACAAGCCCAAGCAGGCGAAACGGAUCGUACCGAAACUUAGUCAACGCGCAAGGGAUCGAGCCAACAAGGUCGCGAUCAGAAAGAAGAAGUUCUCGGGCAAACAGAAGGCCAAACAGAUGAUCAAGUGAGUCUUGCAUCUUGAUGUGGUAGUGGGCUAGCUUUUACUGACCCUGGGCCACGACCUUGCCUUCAGCCUUGUGCCCCCUGCUUUCACGCUCUCACCGGGAUUCGCCAAGCUGCCACCGUUCGAGCGGGCUAAGGCGAUGCUGCACGUUAGCGCGACUCCUGAUCUGUUACCAUGUCGAGAGCACCAAAGAAACCUUAUCUCGUCUUUGCUCGGUGACGCCGUUUUGGGUCAAACCGGGACCUGCCUCUGUAGGUCUGAACAUUCGAUUUCGGCGUUUGUCCGAGCUGACACUCCUGGGUCUCUCAGACGUCCAUGGCGUGCCGGGCACGGGAAAAACAGCCACGGUCCACAGUAUUGUCCGGGAGCUGCAAGAAGACGAGGUGAGCAUGCUGUUCAGGUCGCCUCUAUCUCGUCGAUACUGACCCACUCGAGCGCGAUGGGCAGGACAUGGACGCGUUCCAAUUCGUCGAGAUUAACGGAAUGAAGAUCGCCGAACCCACAACGGCGUUCUCCUUGCUCUGGGAAGCGAUCUCGGGUCAAAAGAGCUCCUCAAAGCAGGCCUUGGUUUCUCUUGAGAACCAUUUUCAGACGCCUGAUCCCGCCCGCAAGACAACGUGAGUCGACGACCCAAUGUUAGACAACCACACAGAGCCUCAUCUGACGGUCAUGACACAUCUUCAGAGUCGUGCUCGUCGACGAGCUGGAUCAAAUGAUCACAAAAAAGCAAGACGUGAUUUAUAACUUUUUCAACUGGCCCCAUGUGCCUCAUUCUCGACUGAUCGUCAUCGCCGUAGCCAACACUAUGGAUCUGCCCGAACGAGAAAUGUCGGGCAAGAUUCGAUCUCGGCUCGGUGAGUUCAUCAUUUAGACCCAUGGGUCGAAGACAACCCUUAAUGACGAUCGUGACCGUCUAGGCUCGAACCGAAUCGUGUUCACGCCUUACAAGUGGGAAGAGCUGCAAACGAUCCUGGUUGCCCGUCUUGAAGGGCUCGACGAGGUUUUCGCUCCUCGUGCCAUCGAGAUCAUUGCCAGGCGUGUAGCUGCUGGCCCAGGAGACGCUCGUCGAGCACUCGACAUUGCUAGGUACGUGCCUGGUCUACUCCACGGAUCAAUUCCUUUUUUUCUGAAUUCCGCCCUGACGUCGCAGACGAACGGUCGAAAAAGUGGAUCAAAGAAAUCGGGAUCGAGGCGACGGGAGGGAAGGUCGUUGCGAGGUUGCUGAUGCGACUGCGACGUACACUGAGAUGACGAACCACGGCUCGAGCGUCUUUAUCAAGCGCGCGAGCUUGCAUCAAAAGAUCUUGCUGCUCGCGCUUGCUCAAUGCAUCAAGAGAGCUGGUGUGCCGGAGGUGGAGCUCGAAGUGGUCAGUCGAAUCAAAGCUGCAUUUUGGCGCGUGAGGAGGGGCUAACGGGAGGCGCAUUUGCCGGUCUAUUACAGGUGAUCAAAUGGCAUCUUGACUUCCUUCGCCAAACCGCCAUCACCCCUGUGCCUUCUCAGUCCGAACUGUUCGCUAUCGUCGCCGAGCUGCAUGCGCUGCGCUUGCUCGUAACCGAAUCGCAAAGAGGCGACUACUUCCAACGCGUGAGGACGCUCGUCUCCAACAAUGACUUGUUCGAGGUGCUCAAGGAGGAUGAUAGGCUCAAGAACCAUGUACCUAGAUUUACUUAG